GUAGUGGAGUGGAUAGCGUUUCAGAGAACACCGGCCACCCCGAUAUCCACGUGACCCUUCACCCUAGAUGGCACCUUGUGUCCGCGCAUGACAAGGCAGACCAACGUGGGCACUGUCCAUUCGACCGGCAUCUCGUAUCGCUGUAAUGUCCGUAUGUUACUGGACCUAAGUCGUCUCCACUCCCUUUUGUGCUUGGUUCUACACCAUGUGUUCACGUAUGGCUGCAGAGCGUGGAGUGUCCAAGACAGAUAUCAACCUGAUGAAGUCUCUGUUCGCAGUCUUCGUGUGCCUGGCGGUUUUCAUGACACCAUACAUGAUGUCCCUCCUUCUAGACAUAGACAACAGCUGGACGUCGUCAGCCCACGUGGCCUGCACGUGCACAUCCAUUCUGAACAGUAGCAUUAACUGGCUACUCUAUGGCUUGAUGAACAACCAGUUGCGCCAGGGCUACAGUGACCUCCUAAAUGGGUUUAUCCGACUGAUCAAAGUCAAACAGGACAACGAGUUUAUGGUCAUCGAUUGCCAGCAGAAACAGGAAACCAGUUUGGAGAAUACUUGCUGAAAUUAGCUUAAGAAAGAGAUGUGUGUGUGUGUGUUUUGACCUGAAAUUGUUGCAUCAGUCGUGAUCGAUUUAAAGUUUGAAUCUUUACAAGAACUAAGUCUGUAUAGCUGUUGUGAUACAAUUUAGGCUACUACGACAUUGUGUUGACAGCAUAACAAUCUGUCGUAUUUUUGACGUACUUACAAAUGCCAGAUUUUCAUUGGAAUUAAUGAAAUCGAAAUUCUUCCUUCGACUCCGGGACCACAUGCUCAGGCAGAAGCAAUGCCCACCUUUCCCAGGUCAGAUGGUGAUGAAUUGUAAAAAGCUGACGAGAUGCUUUUAGCUAGAAACUGACAUGAGUGGGUCUAAACAUCAAAAUAGAUUGUGUCUCACAUCUCCAGUCUAAACAUCAAAAUAGAUUGUGUCUCACAUCUCCAGUCUAAACAUCAAAAUAGAUUGUUUCUCACAUCUCCAGUCUAAACAUCAAAAUAGAUUGUGUCUCACAUCUCCAGUCUAAACAUAAAAAUAGAUUGUGUCUCACAUCUCCAGGCUAAACAUCAAAAUAGAUUGUGUCUCACAUCUCCAGGCUAAACAUCAAAAUAGAUAGUGUCUCACAUCUCCAGGCUAAACAUCAAAAUAGAAUAUGCCACUGUGUUUAACAACUCUAAUUUAAAUAAAAGAAUCAAACUGUGUGUAUAAGAUCAUCUGCCUAAACACCAAAAUAGAAUAUGCUAGUGUGUUUACUAUCUCAAGACAUCUAUUGAUGUUGUUAUUUAUCCCACUUUUCAUGGAAUGAACAAAAAUUAAAAAAAUUUUUUAACCUGGUCGUCCUUUCCUUUUAGACCGUUGUAAGUUGAUGAUAUGAUUUGAACCAAAUAUCUCCAGUCAAGAGCUCAGACCCAACCAUUCACAUCUUGACCAUCAAAAUAAUGAUUAUAAAAAGUGCCUCUCUCUCUUUUUACUUAUUGCUGUUGAGUGUCUAGAUAUUUUUCAACAAUAUUGAAUGCUUAAUUUGUAAAACGGUUCUUAUUUAACUAUAUUUAUAGUUUUAAAAAUUCUUCUGAUCCGUAGCACAAGAGCCACUUAUGUCACUGGGAGGAGGGAUGACUAUGGCCUCCUUCAAAGCGAUUAUGAGUCAUGAAUGCGUGGGUAUUAGUUAUGGUAGGAACGACGUAGCCCAAAUAUGCAGCAGAUGUUUCCAAAGGAGGGGCAAGUGCCGGGUUCGCAGGCUCUUCGAGGGUGUAGCACUGUGUGUUGCCAACUGCCUAAGUGUCGCCAGCUUCUGAUUUCCGCGAACAAGUAUUCAUUCUCUGGCACUGCCAGGGUCGAGUCUAUUUAAAGAGAAACAAAUGCUUACUUACUUACUUACUUACUUACUUACUUACUUAAUCAUGUGUACUCCCAGAAAGCAUAGGGCCGCAACGACACCUCUCCACUAAACUCGGUUCUGAGCAGACAACGAUAAUCUUCUUAGGAAUGUUCAAGGCAUUGAAGGUAUCUGUGAGGUCAGUUGUAUUAUCCUCUCGGUUGAUAUAACAAUGAUGUAUUGUUAUUCUAGAUAACUUCCAUCAGGGCCGGGAGUAAAUUAUUAAAUUAAACCAUUUUAACUUAUUAUUAAUUAAAAUUAUUAAUUGCAAAAUAUAGGCCUAAGUCAUGAAAAUGUCCUGGAAUUAUUAAAAUUUUCUGAAAACUCAUGCAAAUCUCCUUAAAAACAGACAAAAUUGUCAUUUCGUGGUGUCAUUCAAUAUGGAAAACGCCUAUCCUACUCGCGAUUAAAAAAAAGGCAUUGUCAGCUUUCAUUUAUUAAAAAUGUAAUAACAAGGCGAAUUUUAACCAAAACAAGAAGUUCAAAUACUUAAUUUACUUUAAUAGUCACUGGCAUAUAAAUAUAGAUCUAAAUCUAUCUAGAAAAAAAAAAGCGAUAUUUUGCUGUCGAAAGUAAAUCUAAAAGGCAGAUCUGAAUGUUUGUCGACUUUUUUGUUGGAAAACUACUAUCUACUGUAGAUGGCUCGUAAAGUUAAAUUGACAGUGAUUUUGUACUAAGCAAAGUACCGGUAUGAAUAAAAUGCAAAGACGAAUUCCGUUUCUAAUACAAAAUCUUAAUUACACUUAUUAUCAUUAUCCCUACCCAGACUGGGCCCCGCGAAAUCCGUUUCGCAUAGGGCCCCGCAAUCUGUUGGACCGGCUCUGACUUCCAUAAACGCUUAAAGCCAAGUGUUGAUAGUUGAUACAUUAAUGCAACUUGGUUAUGGCGACUUAGGUAGCCAGAUUCUGAUAAGGCUAAACAUCCUGCCAUUAUGUGUUCAAUAGACUCACCCACAUUUCCACAUUUUCGGCAUUUGUCAAUAACUCUGAGUUUUAGGAUAUCCUUAUCGUAUUUUUUUUCCUAAUUACUCUGUCCUGUAUUGAUGUAAAAAAGCCUUCUGCUUUUAGCCAUGUUAUUAUUAUUAUAAUGAUUAUUAUUAUUACUGUUAUUAUUAUUAGGCCUACUAUUAAUAUUGGCAAAGAAAAACUACAGUGAUAGUCCUAAAUUUGAACAAAGUCGAUAAAAUAUAAAAUCAAUAUGUUUCAAGGAGGAAGGAACAAGCCGCUCCAUUGAAGAUUAAAAUAAAAAUGUAGGCCUACGCUUUAAAAAAUCAAUGUAGCUAAUCAGCUAGUUUAUUAUAAAAAUGCUUCAAUUCUAGUCAAAUGGACUUAUAAAGUUACUAAAUAUUUAAAAUGUGUAGGCCUAUUGGUCCAUAUAUAAGGCCCUUUAAUAAAAACUGAGACUAUAUGUAGGCUACCAUGUAUAAAGUUUUGAUUUCGCUACUCGGUAUAAUAAUAAUGGCAAUGCUCUUCAAUUCCGAAGAUUAAGGAUGAGUGCAGGCCUAUUUAUAAUUUAUCUCACACCAUUAUUAGGCCUAAACGGUAGACUUAAUUACGAAAUAUUUGACAACUAUUGGUGUACAUACGUAGGCCUAUAGCUAUUUGUUACAGUUGUUUUUGAUAUGUCGUUUGUUGUUAGAAGAAAAAUUGUUUUAGGCCUACUUGAAUUCAUUGUGAAAUAAACUUUAUAAUUUUUUUUA